AUGCAGCAAAUUCCUCUCCUGAUCGCCUCAGUUGGGCUCUUGGCUCUGGUGGGAGCGAAGCCAGCGCUGCUGCCCAGGAAUCGCAGAUUCCUCAUCGUCCCUCCGACCGCUCCGACGCGCCAUCAGUUCAUCGCCGGCAUCGGCAUUCCCGUCGAUCUCACGAGCGUGGCGAUCACCUCCGGAUAUGUGUUCAAGGCGCAGUACUUCCUGCCCACUGUGGCGUCGGAUUGGCGGCCCAGCGAGGAGUCGUGGCAUCACGAGUGGCGCAAGAAACGAGAUCUCGAAGACACAGCGACGAAAGUGGAGAAUUACACAGUGAAUGAGAUUCUGAUUGAAGAGUCCACAAAUCCACCAGAAGAUCUCUCGUUCCUGGAAGAAGACUAUCCCUAUGACGAGGAGAAGGCCACCAAAGAGGCCGCCGAGGCUUUCUGGGGAAAACCACCUGAAGAUGUGGAUUUCGGCGAGAAAUCUCGAUGGAAUACGUACAAAGGAUUGGAAGCAAUCGCAUCAAACAAUGGCUUCGACGGUCGAUCGUGCGUUUUGAGAUCCAUCUGCGAAGCCGCCUUGAGGCCCUUCAGCGCCAAGAGUGGAUUGAUGGCGGAGCUGCUGAAUAUCGUCUUCGCGCCGUCGUCGACCAACGAUAAGAUCUCACACAACAGCGACAACGAGUAUUUCCACGCGGAAAAGCAAGGAAAAUCCGGCGCUCCUUGCGGUGAAAUCUUUAAGAACUGCCCAGUGUCGAUUCUGGACAUCUUCACGAGCCUUCCAAACGCCUUGAAUGAAGCUGUGAAGAAGAAACUGGAGUGA